UACGCAGCCGCCCGGUGGCUGCUGAUAAACACAUUUUGUCGGAAGCGUGGAGGACCAAGCGUGAUAUUUCACAAGAAAUGUUCAUGUUUUAACAGUAAGCUCGUUUUCAGGAUUAUAUUUUUCCACACUCUCCGCGAUCAGACAUUCGUGCUACUUUUAAACGAGGACGGUAGUUUUGGCAUAACUGCUCAACCUCUAACUACAACAGCAAGGUCGUCCCAUGUCUCGACAGAUCGGGCGUAUCUGAAGCAUAUCUCCUCACCAUAGGAUGCGCUAUGUGUCGAGCGGCUCGCUGUCUCUCGGGUCUCUGGGUCUGCUCCGUCUCUUCGGGGCGUCCUGGUCCUGGAGCCUCGCUGCGGGUCUGGGGGUUUAUUUUGGGACUGGAGGGUGGAAGUUCUUAUAUGUUGCCAUUCGCACGGCUAAAAGGGACAUCAACGGUCUGAAUGUGCUCUUGAGGGUUAAAAUUGCACUAUGGCGUCACAUUCGCAACGGAGACACCAUACCCUCCAUCUUUGCAAAAACUGUGGCUAAGCACCCGGACAAACCAGCGUUCGUGUAUGAAGCCACCGGUGAAGCAUGGACCUUCGCCCAGUUAGACCAGAUCUCCAAUGCUGUGGCCCACUGGGCGCUGAGCCAGGGCUGGACCUCAGGGGAUGUGGUGGCGCUUUUCAUGGAAAGCCGGCCGCUCCAGGUGGCACUCUGGCUCGGUCUGGCCAAAGUGGGCGUGGAGGCUGCGCUGAUCAACUUCAACCUCCGGCGGGAUUCGCUGUUGCACUGUAUGGGCGUGUCUGCAUCUCGAGCGCUGGUGUUUGGAGCAGAGCUGGCAGACGCUUUGUAUGAAGUGAGCCCCUCUUUGAGUGAGAACAUGGUCCGGUUCUGCACGGGCGAUCUGAGACCAGACCAGUUAGCAGCUCUGAAGUCUCAACCUCUCGACUCCAUUCUGGCUUCUGCUCCCCGACACCCACCGCUCUGCACCCCGACCAAGGGCAUCAAUGAUCGUUUGUUCUACAUCUACACAUCCGGCACCACAGGACUCCCUAAAGCUGCUAUAGUGGUGCACAGUCGCUAUUUCAGGAUUGCUGCUUUUGGGUACCAUUCUUUUCGGAUGCGCCCAGAUGACAUUAUCUAUGACUGUUUACCCCUUUACCAUUCAGCAGGUAAUAUCAUGGGGGUGGGCCAGUGUUUAAUUCAUGGUUUAACUGUGGUGGUCAAGAAGAAGUUUUCUGCAAGUCGCUUUUGGGAAGACUGCAUUAAACACAACUGUACUGUUGUGCAGUAUAUAGGGGAGAUCUGCCGAUAUUUGCUGUCUCAGCCCGUGCGCCCAUCAGAGCGUCAGCACCGGGUUCGAUUAGCUGUAGGGAAUGGAUUACGGCCCAGCGUGUGGGAGGCUUUCAUGGAGCGUUUUGGAGUAAAAGAGAUUGGAGAGUUCUAUGGAGCAACAGAGUGUAACUGUAGCAUUGCCAAUAUGGAUGGCAAGGUUGGAGCUUGUGGGUUUAACAGUCGCAUUCUGCCAAACGUGUACCCCAUCCGGUUGGUAAAAGUGAAUGAGGAGACCAUGGAACUGGUACGAGACAAGCAUGGAUUGUGUUUGCCUUGUCAACCUGGAGAGCCUGGGCUGCUGGUGGGGAGGAUAAACCAGCAGGAUCCUCUGCGACGCUUCGACGGCUAUGCCAAUCAGGAUGCCACCAGGAAGAAGAUUGCCCACAACGUGUUCAAGAAAAACGACUCUGCAUAUCUGUCAGGUGACGUUUUGGUGAUGGAUGAACUUGGAUACAUGUAUUUCCGGGACCGCAGCGGUGAUACUUUCCGUUGGAAGGGCGAGAACGUCUCAACUACUGAGGUGGAGGGAACGUUGAGCAGUCUGUUGAGACAGACUGAUGUGGCAGUGUUUGGAGUAACAGUACAAGGUGUGGAGGGGAAGGCUGGAAUGGCUGCCAUCGCUGAUUCAACCGGAAGCUUUAACUGUGAAUCUUUCCUGAAGGAGGUUCAGCAAGCUCUGCCUCCAUAUGCACGGCCGGUGUUUCUGCGUAUCUCACCAUGUGUUGAUACCACAGGAACGUUUAAAAUUCAGAAGACCAGAUUGCAGAGGGAAGGGUACGACCCACGGCUCACAAAUGACCAGAUCUACUUUUUCAACUCCAGAGCAGUCCGAUACGAGCUCAUGACCGAAGAGAUGUAUAAUACUUUCGAAGAAGGCCGGAUAUCUCUUUGAGAUGAAGAAAGUAGUCCAAACCCACCAUCUGGGACGUAAUGCAAGCGGAACCGAUAGAUUUGUCCAGCUAGUAUUAGACACAUUUUUUAAUAAUAGUUUGCAUUUGAGAGGUUUUAGUAUUAGAAAGAACAAGCUGUGCCUUGCAAAUGAGGAACUGAUAUGCAAUAGAUGAAAGAAUAAGAGUGAGUUAUUACUUAAUCCAUUAUUCUGAUCAGAUGGUUGUGUACAACCGGUUUUACUAAAGGCAUUACUGUCGAAAGACCAGAUUAAAAAUGAGGUCUAGCUUUCUAUUUGACAUUAGACUUAUACCACUAGACCAGUGGUUCUCAAACCGGGGUCCCCAAAAUGGAUUGGGGGGGGCACAGAUUUUGUGUCAUUUUAUAAGACAGAGAAUUUUUUUCAUAGAUUUUAUGCAAUCAAACAUCAGAAAAAUAAGACAACCAACCAAAAGAAUUGAUGUUCCAGCAUUGUAUAACUGAAUAUGUUUUUGGUUUAAUUAAAAUUCUAAGUUUAAGAUUAUGGCCCGGUUUCACAGACAAGGCUUAAAGCUAGUCCCAGACUAAAAUGAAUGUGCGACAUGUCUUAACUGAAUAUAACUUGGUCAGAAAUAUCUUAAACUAUAUCAGUGCCAUUGUGUUGUCUCGAGAUGCACACCAGUAAUGUAUUCUUAUAAGGCAUUUUUAUAAAAUGCGACAAAUAUCUUAAUUCAACUAAUGCAUAGUCCUGGCUUAAGCUAAGCGGUGUCUGUGAAACCGGGCCUACAAGUCUUUAUUUGGGGGGCCACAAAGCGAUGCACUCCACACAAAAGGGGCCUUACAAUGAAAAUGUUUGAGAACCAUUGCACUUGACGACUGAAAUAUGAUAAUGUGUGAAUGUUAACCGAUUUGAGACUUUUAUUACACAAACUUUUGUUAAAAUGCCUAGCUGUUGCGUUUAAUCCCCAAUGUGACUUUAUUUUAGAAUAAUAAAAGAUACUGAGUAUCUACAAAUAGCCACAAACAAAGUGCCUUAGAUUUGACCUCCCUAAGCUUCACCCAUAAGUGAUAAUGGAGAGUUUUUCCAGUGCCAUGAUACUGAUAUGAUGCAGAUAAGCAUUGAGUAAUCGUAUUAAUCCUCUGAAGACUUCUGAAUGAAUAAUGUAAUGAAUAAAUGUUCUUACUGCAA